CCUACUGGGUUUCUCUCUGCCUCCUCAAGGCAAAGGUUGGACUCUGAGAGGAUGAAACAUGGCGCCACGGGUCGCAGCAGCAACAACAAUAGGACCCAUAUGUGCUCCGACCCGACAGGCUUAGAAUCUUCCCAGCAUGUAAGGAUCAUAUUUCAGGAAUGCUUCACGGAGCCCAACCUUAAUCCAAAGCAAAGAAGGAAACUCUUCAGACGUGUUUUUUACGUCCUCCAGCAGCAGCAACGGCGGCCUGGUGUGGUCCUUUUCAUGGAUUCUAAAGGGAAAACUGGGAAACUGUUUCUUCAGCCACACAAAUCCAACCAAAAAUGGAAACCAGUGUGGGUGUCUCUGUUCCCUCCCAGCAGCAACGGAGUGGGUCGACUAGAGAUCAGGGACAUGGGAGGAGGCGGCGAUUAUCCUGGGUUCCGCAGACACCAGCAGUUUCAUGGAGACAAGAGGACUAAGGUGGUCCUUCUGUCAGAGCUGAUCACUGUCCUCAGGUUGCCCCCCAAUGCUGAGGCCUGCCCCAUGGAGAACAUGUCAGCGUUUUGUGUGGAGACCCAAGACAGAACACUGGUGUUCGCUACCCUCAAAGACGACUGUGCGGAGUGGGUGGACAAGCUGUGUCAGAGCAGCUUCCAGAGAGAAAAAACUUCAGGGACCAGUCAAGUCCACAUGGAGGAAAACCAGAUUUAUGCCUCUGCACAUGAAGCCCCUCAGUUCUGGGUUGGGCUACAGAAAAGUGAUGCCGCAAUGCGAUGUGGUCUGCAAGGCUCCUACUGGCUGCAGGUGGAAGAGCAGUCGCUACUACUGAGAAGUACGAAAGAGAAGGAGGUUGUUAUGGAGUGGCCGUAUGAACUACUGCGGCGAUAUGGAAAUGAUAAGGUGACCUUCACCAUCGAAGCAGGGCGCCGCUGUGAAUCCGGGCCUGGAACUUUCAUAUUCAAGACCCAGCAGGCUGACAACAUCUUCUCCUUGAUUAAGAGUAACAUCAAACGGAAAACUGCAACUUCUACUUCUGGACACCAAAUCCAAGACGUUGAGCAGGAUGCUGUUACCAACAUUCAAGCAUGUUCUCCUCUUCCCAAAAUCCCUGACCUAACCAACAUGGCGGCCAUCGUGGAAAACAAACUCAGAGUGCAGGACAGGAAAUCUCCCGUGUUUGAUGACAUCCCAAAGAGUCGAGACGAUUCAGUCUGUCCGGCAGAAGGUCUUCCUGCUCCGAUCACCUUGAUGCCUCUCCCAUCGGUUCCUACACAUAACGAUACCAGCGGACAUAAACCCGACAGCCAAUCAGACGCUAUAUAUGCUGAUCCGAAAGACUGCAUCCCAUCUAUUAUAGUACCCAUACAAACCAGAGCUCACUACAUCGACCCGGCGAGUGUACUUCCUCUGAAACCACCAUUUGCAAAAGAACCUGUCGACACAGUUCCUACCACAUUAGAAUCAGAUCCAAAACCUAAUACAGAUUUGCUGGAUUCAGUUUACUCAGAGGUUUACGAUAAACUCAGUCCAGACAAAAACAAACAACCCACUCUACAGAAUCCAGCAAAAACAUCAGACGAACCCAUUUACUCCCAGCCGGAUAGCACAACUCCAUCAGAGGGCCAAGAGACUGAACCCAAUCCUGACCAGUUUGCACAUCUUUACGCUCAGGUUUGCAAAGCAGCGACUUUAAGCAAAAACUCGAAGUCUGUCACCACAUCAGCUUCUUCCUCAUCCACCAUGAGUUCAACCAAGUCCAGAGAGGAUCCUCUGGAUGAUGUCAUCUAUGAAAACCUGGGCAUCAUUUAAAUCAGCUCCUUACUGGAACCAAUAAGACUUUCUUUACUUUUUUAGAUUUUUCUUACUUUAAUUCAUUCCUUUGUGAAAAGUAUUUGAAAUAUUUUUAUUCUGCUGUUUAAACUGUGAUAUGAAUAUAAAUCAGGAUACAACCUGGAUAAUUAUGAUAAUUUUACAACAUUAAACAUUUGCAUUUUUACAACAGUUAUGACCGCA